AUGCCACCAAAACCGCGAGGACAAGGGAAAAAAAAGGCUGGGAAGGAGGCGAGUGAUUGCGUGCCGGGACAGGUUAAAGACGCCCUAUUGCUGGGCAACACCAGAGACUCUGCGGGUCCCUCGUUAGAUGAUAGUAUCGACGAGGUUACAAAGCGUAACAAGAUUGCGGAUAAAGCCAUCAUCGGAUCCGCUCGUUUCGACCUAAUCGAAUAUUAUAACCACCUUGAGUUUGGUAAAUGGAACAAUCGACCUUUGGUUGAUUCACAAGUGCAGUCCCUAUAUCAGUCGUUUCUUGCAAAUGGGGCUGACCGCUUCAAUCCCGUCCAUGCGAUUCCUCUUGUUGUUCACAAGGAAUGGCUUGUGGAAGGGAGCUAUGAAAAAGAUCUUGAUAAGUGCGGGGAGCUCUCCGAGCUCCCGAUCUUGAAAAUAUCUGGGAACGCACCAAAAGAAUGGAAGUUCAAGGCAGCAGGGGGACAUCAUCGGACAAAAGCUAUUGAAGCUUGGAUGAACAAGAUGAGGACCGAAUAUGAGAUGGUGUUGGCAGAAGAGACACGCGUUGCCGACCUACCUGCGGGUGAGAUCGACCAGGAUCAGAUCGACUACAUCGACAAGGUUGUGAAACCGCGUCGGCAGAAACUCGAGGGUGUUCUUGCGUAUGGCGGUCAAUGGAUCGUCACUAUUUUCGAUCAAGGUCAGGUCAGCGAAAUUAUUGGUCUUCAUAUAUCGCGGAACGAAACGAAGCAUGUGUAUAUGCAAUCGCCAGAAGAGGGCCUCAUCCAGAAGUACAAGAUGUUGUGUGCAAAAAACAAAAACUGGUCCAAUAUCGAACAUACCGCGGCUGGGGGCGUCUUUGCAAAGCAGAAUGAACUUCUCUCUCAGGACUACGUGUUCAACCAUCUGGAGACGAUCGUAUCGUCAGGCACUCACUACAUCCAUACGCCCGAGAUGCAGUUUACUCGAUUUUAUGAUACAAUGUUCUCGAGUUAUGGAGGGAUUGUUGCUGAUGUCACGAUGCGACUGGAAAACCGCCUUCGCUGGUGCUUCAAUACGAUCCCGUACAACUCCGAUAAGGGCGAGAAUGGCGACACCGAGAUGUAUCAACAGCUUAAGCGGGCACAUCCAGUACUGGAUGCGAUUUCUGGCCCACUCCGGGAGGCUCUGAAUGACGCCUAUGAGAAACACCUUGGGGGCAACACUCCCGCAUCCUACCGAUUCGGCAACACAGAUGAAGAUGUGUGGUCAAAAGCCUAUAUGCUGUACAAGUUCGAUGUCAUCUCCGCCAUGAAAGACUAUGUCCAAGACAAGCGGGCGACGAAGGACCUGCCUGGCGAUGUUCGGACAGCACUGGAAGGCUGUGCAGCUAAGGCAGCCCUUGUGCUUGGCCGAAGUGAUGAUGUACACGACUUCGGCCAUUUUCCGCUGAUGUCUCGCUCUGUCGUUACCACCCUCAUCCGGAAUUUACGCAUGAUUGAGAGGUCUAUUUCCGAGGUUUCUGCUUGGUUCUCACCAUUUCUAUAUAUGGCAAAGGCCCACGGGAAAGACUGGAACCCUGGGUCGGCCUCUGCUGAAAUGAUUCGGGCGAUCAUGGCCCAUCCUGACUAUGAUCCUGAACAGCGCGGGGGCGCUGUUGCUGAGAUUGUAUCCUCGAUAUUUGAGAUGUUCCCUGAGUUCCUCAAUAUGGAAGGGCAGAUAGCAAACAUCAACAUGCCCCGUCGAGUCACACAGCAGCGAGAGCUGCAGUCGGCAUUUGGGAUUGCGGAUGGUGGAAAGAGUUCUAGAAGAAGUGGUACUAAUGCGGCAAAGGGCAAGAAGAAAGGGAAGAAAGGCAGCGAUGAAGAUGAUGAUAAGGAUGACAGUGACCCGUCAUCGAGUGAUAAAGAGACUGACGACGAUCAGGAGCAUGACAAUGAUGAGGAUGGUGAAGAGGCUGAGGAAGGGACCGACUUGCGCACCUCGCGGUUACUCCGGAAGGAGCGCCUUCAAAAGGAUGCGGCACGCAUAGAUAGCCUUCGUGUGGAGGUGCUCGACGCACAAAAGCUUUUCAAUGGUGCAACGAAGCUGACAUCCGUAAAGCGCAAUAACUUGUACGAACCAUGGUCUCGACAGUCAAGCAUCUCGACGGGUGUUGGCGACAACGUAUUCAGGGGACAGAACUUAGUCCCUUUCCACACAUAUGAGUGGUCUGCUGCAACAGGUGGAACACGAGCACGCCGCUUGCGUAUUCUUGCCUGCAUUGCAAUCAUGGAGCAGACAAUUAUCAAUGCGUACCGGAUUGGCUUGUUGGAUGACAGUAGCGGAGGUGCAGCUGCCAUUCGUCUCGCGAUCGAGGACAACACCGAAAAUUAUCGAGUUGCCCGUCCGAUCUCGAGGAAGAAGCAGAAGCAGAAAGGCGGGGGACUUGAAGGCAUCGAAAAAGUCGCGCAGCUAGCGCCAGAGCACGUGAACCUGACGUGGCCUGACCAAAUUGAUGUUGCAGCAGUAUCGCAGGUUGACUUUAAAUUAGAGGUCGAGCUUGGGUCACAAAAGCGCGAUUUUCUACUGGUCCAUCAGACUCGUCAAGCACAAAACAUCAUCGAUCUCGUACAGCGCAGCCGCAUUGCCUGGGAGGAUAUUACAGGCGGAGCGCUAGAGGCGCUCAUCAAGGAGCUGAGUAUUAAUGCCCACCAUCAGCGCCAGUCUUUGAAGGGCAAGAAGGUCCCUUUUAAUGGCAGCAUCUCACCAAGCGACCAUCUCCAUGUCCUAUACAGAGCAGUAGAGAACGAGACAACCGUCUCCCGCAUUAUGAAAAACAAGAAGUUUUUGGUGCCGUCGCAAGGGGACGAGCUCGCGCUGCUGGAGGCUGAGGCAAGAACCCGCCAGAGACAUCGAGAGCGUGCUAGGGAGCAUGAUAAGAAGGAAGAACUGUUGGAUGCGAGGAAAGGUCCAGAUAGCAAUAGUGCCGGGAGCGCGCCUGUCCAGUCUGACAUAGAGAAUCAAGCAGGUACUCAGGCACAUUGUUUGCCGGCUCCAAUGCAAUGUCCAGCAGCAAUGACAACUGCUGUGGGUCUCUGCGUCCAUCCAGCGCACCCCCACCCCCCCCUUACCCAUCCGUCCGUCCAACAUGAUGCUUGUAUGGAUGCAGUGGGUAUGGGCCCCACCUUGGACGUUGACCCCACCUUGGACGUUGACCCCACCUUGGACGUUGACCCCACUUUGGACGCCGACCCCACUUUGGAUGUCGGCCUCACUCCGGAUAGCGACCCCACUCCUAGUUCUCCUAUCAUCAAUGUCAACCCCCGCCCCACCGCACCCCACUCAAGCAUCUACCACACAUCGUUGACUAUUGAAGGCGGUGACAUAGGAUCGGCUGCUAAGUCAGAUGAUGAAGUGGGGAGUAACCUCGCGUCCAAUUGUGCCUUUCACAAGGAGCAAGGCAAACCAACUCCGCGGCCUCGUCCUAUUUACCGCGGAGGAGAGGUUGCUGGCAGAAGGACUGAAGGUCAUCGAUUAACUAAGGACGUGGCUCCCACCUUAAAGAAGCGCCAAGCCUCCCACUCAGUAUCCUCAACUGACUCUUAUGGUGGACAUGCUGCUAAUGGGAAACCUGACAGAAAGCGCAGGCAGCUUGGCGAAGGGAAUGCCGGUUUACCUGGCAAUACACGCUCCCAGUUUCAAGAGGAUGAUGACACAAUAUUCUCCCAAUUGGCGUAA